AUGGACUCAUACACCAACUCCAAGGAGUUUGGUCAAAAUAUCUCUUCUGUAGAUUCGGGCAGCACAGAGAACAGACAUUCCUCAUUAUGGCAAUCGAUGAAGAGGGCGCCCCGAAUUAUCGGAUAUUGCUUUGCUUUGAGCUCCGCCAUUCUCUUGUACGGCUAUGACCUCGUGAUUGUCGGAACGGUGGCUGCAAUGCCACAGUUUCUAGUGAACUUCGGUGAAAGGUACAAUGAAAUGUACAUUAUUCCAUCAAUGUGGCUGUCUCUUUUCAAUGUCUCCGGCUGUAUCGGUCUGAUGUUUGGAUCCAUCUUCGGUGGCUAUUUCCAGGAGCGAUACGGACGCAGACUCGCACUGGCCCUUGGCAGCUUUCUUUCAGCCAUCGCAGUCGCCAUAUGUUACGUUUCCGAUCUACCAGACGACAUUGAAAGCCGCCGUGGCGUCUUCUUUGCCGGAAAGCUAUUCCAGGGCGCCUGUAUUGGAACUCUGUUGAAUAUCUCACAAACAUACAUGUCUGAAGUCUUACCUCCUGUUCUUCGAGGACCGAUCAUUGCCUUCUAUCCAAUCUUCACACUUCUCGGACAGCUGAUUGGGUCUGUUGUGUGCUACACCUCGCUCAAGUACACAGGCUCCCAGUCAUAUCGAAUUUGCAUCGCCUCGCAAUGGGCAUUCUCCGCCGUUCCGCUCAUCCUAGCGGCCUUUUUGCCCGAGAGUCCUACCUGGCUUUUGCGACAGGCCCGACCCCAGGAAGCGCUGAAAGCUCAAAAAAGGCUCGAUGUCGCGCCCGUGGACUCUGUCGCGGUCUUAGCAGUUUUGCAGGCUUCGAUCAUUGCCGAGGGUGAAGAAAAAGAGAACGCGUAUAUUGAUUGUUUCCGAGGAGUGAACCGAAGGCGCACUUUCAUUGUUGCUUUUGCACAAUUAAUUCCCCAAUUGUUUGGAUUGCAGCUCUUGGCUCAUAGCUCUUAUUUCAUUCAGAUUGUGGGGAUGAAUGCAUCCAACAGCUUGAUGACAUUGAUGAUGGGCGUUGCACUCGGGUUGGUGGCGAAUGUCACUAGCAUAUGGACGCUGAAUGUCUUUGGUCGGAGGUUCUUGACUCUCUCUACCUUGGGUAUCGUCGCGGUCCUUUGGCUAGGCAUGGGAAUCGCAGGUAUCUUCGACGGAAUCGUCACAAUUUGGUAUUCAGGAGUCACGAUGAUGGCUGUGAUUACAGUUUCAGGCCUGGGUUCGUGGCCAGCGUCCCAGGUCAUCUCCAGUGAGACUUCCUCUUUGAAACUUCGGUCUCAAACACUGGCCGUUGGCUGGUUCAGUGCCGGUGUUAGCACCGGAGUCUUCGCCAUCGUUCUGCCGUACAUCUAUAACCCCGAUAAGGGAAACCUGCGCGCCAAGACGGGUUUCGUGAUGAUGGGAAUUGCCACGGUCGGGUUCGCUCUGGUCUGGUUAUUUGUUCCCGAGAUGAAAGAUCGGACACCGAUGGAGAUAGACCGGAUGUUCGCUCUGAGGCUGCGCACUCGCGCGUUCGAGAAUUGGCAAAGUGACGUAGUCACAGUUGGUGGGUCCCGCGAUUCUGAUCGGGUCUAA